AAUAGAUUCACGAGGGCGCGAUACUGCUGAAAAUUUUGAAUCCCGGCGGGCAGUCGAUCCUCAAGAGGCUCCCAAGUCCCCACCCGCCUCCUCAAAUCUCAAUCGAUCGAGCAGGCGGAGAAGCGAGGCGGGGAGCGAUGUCUUCUUCACCGUCUCCUUCUUUGGAUUCGAGGUCGAGGCAUCACAGUUACUGCAGGAAGCAGAAAUCUCUCGGCGUCUUGUGCUCCAACUUCGUGAGUUUGUACGUUCAGAAAGGGGCUGAAUUUGUGGACCUUGACUACGCCGCAAGGCAGCUUGGCGUCGAGAGGCGCCGGAUCUAUGAUAUCGUCAAUGUCAUGGAGAGUGUCGGGGUCGUUGCGAGGAAGGCGAAGAGUAAGUACUCUUGGAUAGGGUUUUCUGGGAUUCCAAAUGCACUAAGGGAACUCAAGGAGGAGGCACUUCAGGAGAGUUUUGCCACUGAUGUUGCCUCCGUAAAAGAAGCUUUGGAGGAUCAACAUGAAGACAGCGAAAGCCAGAGCCACGAUGAUGUAGAUGAGAACCCAAGCAAAAUUGGCAGCAUUUCUUCAUUGAUGGGCUCUUUUGGCAACGUAUUGUCAGCCACUGAGAACAGGAAGGAUAGAUCACUAUACCUGCUGAGUCGAAAUUUCAUCAAACUUUUCCUGAGUUCAGAUGUAAACACUAUCUUACUGGAUGAAGCUGCAAGGCUGCUGCUUGGUGACAACACCAACUUAUCCCACAUCAGAACCAGACGUCUGUAUGACAUAACAAAUGUGUUGUCGUCUAUCAAUCUUAUCGAGAAGAUUCAAGAAUCUAGGAAGCCAGCAUUUCGAUGGCUAGGAACCAGUGGCAAGUCUAAGAUGGAUCCUUCUGUAACAGUUGUUGCUUCUAAAAUCGCAAAUCAGUCCAAUAAGAGGGCAUUUGGAACUGAGGUCACUAAUGUGGAAUUGAAGAGGAGCAGGCUGAGUCCUAAAGCAAGUAAGAAGCCUAGUAAUUACGCACGACUGUGGAAUCAGGACCUCAAAGAAUGUAAUCUGACAGCUCAGAAGCAAUUAAGCAUGAAGGGUGGUUUUGUUUUUGGUCCUUUCUUCCCUGCUGGAGCAACUAAAGAGGUAACUGAGGAAAAAGGUGGGAAAACUGCUCAAGGUUUGGAGGGUUUUGCAUGCUCCUCGCGACCACAAUACCACAAUGAAGCCCUGAGUGAACUUUUUUCCCAUUACAUGGAAGCAUGGAAGUCAUGGUACGCCGAACUUGCUCAAGGCAGCAGCAACCUACAGCAGCAACCUUGCAACACCUCCAAUUGAAACACAUGUGACUUUUGUAGGGUAAGCCAUUACUUACCCUCCCCUUUAUUGUCCUUUUUCCUGCUGAGAAAGAAAGGGUUCUAGCUACAUGGUCCCUUAACCUGUACGAUUCUUGCAUAGUAGAGAAUGAUGUUUUAGUGUGGCUAUCCUAAUUGAUUUCUGUAAAUUAGCAAUGAGAAGGUUUUAGCUGAAACACUGACGUUGUGGUGUUAACUGCUGAUUAGAGAUUGUCGUUCCAAUUGUUAGAUUUGAGUAAACGUAAGGUACUCAUUGUAUAUUGUUUAUUGAGCAGCUACAGUGAAAAGAUUAUGAUUUGAGAUCACUACAAGUAGAUUAUUUGAGAUCACUGCAACUUUCUUUCAUAG